CUGCACCGCCGCUGGCACCGAGACUACAUACACACGGUAUACAGACGGAGGGGCCUGCAGUACAGCCGCGAGAGAGAAUCGCGAGCACACGCGCGCCGGUUUUGUCUCCGUGUACACUCGUAGAAACGCGAAAUAUUAUGUCACGCGAGAGCCGCAGUUUUCUAGUAGCGGGCAAUAAUAGUAAUAGUAAUAAUAAUACCGUCGCGCGGGAGGACGCAUAUACUUGUACGAGUGCAUGAGUCGAAUCGCCUCGUAGAAAAAGUGCCGUGUGUAUAACGCGUGUGCGAGAGAGUGAGAGUGAGCUGUCGCAGGCGCGGCUCGAGGGCCCGAUAGACAAUUUGUCCAAUUUGAUCGAGCGAUUGUUGUCUUUUGCCGAAAAAAAAAAAAUUUAAGAAACAAUAGGAAGGACGAUCGCGUGUGUUGCGUUACUCGCGAUCGAUUGUAUACACGUACGUACGAACGGAGUGACCUUAUACAUCGCGAGAUAGUAUUUCCGUAUAUUGUGAGAGAUCGUCGUCGUCGUCUGAGUGACAUUUAUUGUACAUCCACGAUACAGGCCAGUCGCUGCCUCGAAGCUAUAUAGCACACGUUUCACGGGUUCGGAGCGCGGGGUAAGCACGUUCGAGUCCUCCCGAAUAAAAAAAAAGAACCACCACCACAACCAUAGUCAUGUCGCGGCUCGUGCUGGGCAUCGACGUGGGCACGACCAGCGUCAAGGUCGUCCUGGUCCAGCCCGACGGCCAGACGAUACUCGCCAAUCAGUCCAAGGACACCCAGGCCAACGUGCCGAGCGAUCUCGGCGUCGAGGGCAACAAGCAGGACGUGCCCAAGAUACUCUCGGCCAUACACAGUUGCGUCUCGAGAUUGCCCAAAGAUCUGUUGAAGCAGGUCGAGAGCAUCGGCAUAUGCGGCCAGAUGCACGGCGUGACGCUCUGGAAGUCCGACGCCGUGGCGGCCACGACGAGCAGCGGCGGCGGCGGCGCUACGAACAACGGCCAUCAGAAUCAGUUCAAGCUCGACAUCGACAAGGACGGCGUGUCGCAUCUGUACACCUGGCAGGACGGCCGCUGCGACAUCGGCUUCCUGGACUCGCUGCCCAGGUCGUCGAGCCACUUGGCCCUGCACACGGGCUACGGCUGCGCGACCCUCUUCUGGUUCGCCAAAAAUAAACCGGAGAAGCUGAAGAAGUACGACAGAUGCGGCACCGUGCAGGACCUCGUGGUGAGCCUGCUGUGCGGCUCGGCCGAGGGCCCGGUGCGCAUGAGCAAUCAGAACGCCGCGAGCUGGGGCUACUUCUGCACCGAGGCCUGCGACUGGGACCGCGAGGCCCUGGCCCGGGGCGACUUCCCCGAGCGACUGCUGCCCCAGGAGGUGCUCGGGCCCGGCGAGAGCGCCGGCCGACUGUGCCGCAGCUGGUUCGGCAUACCCAAGGGCGUCAACAUAGGAGUCGCGCUGGGCGAUCUUCAAUGCUCGGUGUACGCGCUGCUGAAGCAGCCGAGCGACGCCGUCCUAAAUAUCUCCACGUCGGCUCAGCUCGCCUACGUACAUCCGACCCUCAAGCCGGACGCAAUCAAUGAAUCAAAAAAAAUCGAAUACUUCCCGUACUUCGAUGACAAGUACCUGGCGGUGGCUGCUUCGUUGAACGGCGGCAAUACCCUGGCCACCUUCGUCAAGUCGCUGCAGCAGUGGAUCCUGGAUCUGGGCUUCUCCGUGCCUCAAUCCAAAGUCUGGGAGAAGCUGAUCAAGCUGGCGGCGGACGAGGCGACGAGCCGCAGCGACAUGCAGAUCGUGCCGACGCUGCUCGGCGAGCGCUACGCGCCCCAGCAGACGGCCAGCGUGAGCGGCAUCAGCCUCGACACCCUCGAUCUCGGCAGCAUCUUUCGCGCGCUCUGCUCCGGCAUCAUCAAGAAUCUGCACGACAUGAUGCCGCGGGACGAGCUGGCGGCCUUCGGCAUCGAGCGCAUCGUCGGCAACGGCUCGGGUCUGGUGCGCAAUCCCGUCCUCCAGCAGGAGGUCUCGCACUGGUACCGACUGCCGCUCGAGCUGGGCCACAGCGGCGACGCGGCCCUGGGCGCCGCCCUCGCCCUGCUGCAGACCAACGGCUAGAUCGGAGAGAGAUUUUUUUUCUUUUUUUUUUCUCAACAGGUAUCGUCUACGUGAGAUUAUUUGACGAAAGAAAAAAAUUAUAUGCGUGUUAAUUUUUUUACGUAGAAAAGCGGCUGUGCAUCGAUUUUAUUUCAAGUAUACGUGUUAUUAUUACGUACAUUCAAAAAUGUCGAGAUUUAUGCGUAGGGAAAGAGAGAUGUCAACGUUCGCGUACAGCGAAUGAUAAUGGUAAUUAUUUUUCACGUAGAUGUGAGAAGAGGAGAGCUCGUGAAAAUUCAUUUCCAGCUGUGUAGGUAGACUGUACAAUCGAUUCGUAAAUGACGAGUACAUUAAACACAGCGCCUGUACUUCUUAU